CAUGUAACAGAUUGUGUAUGACCAGGAAGGAGUGUUUAUACAUUCCUCCUGUGGAAAAAUGGAAGAUCAAGACAGUUUAAUUCCGGGAAUAUUACAUGUUAUAGAAAAGGAUGUUGACGUUAUAGUAGAUUGGAGACCUCUUGAAGAAACUUUGGAUUCAUCAAACAUUCUGUGUGCUGUAAAGGAUUCUAGUUCAGUUGUAGAGUGGAAUCAAAGUCCAAAAGAGCGGCCUGUCUGCACUGAACAUCAGAACAGCUAUGAAGCAGAGUGGGAUAUGGUCAACACAGUUUCCUUCAAGAAGAACCUUCCAAAAGGGGGUGUUCAGAGUCCAGUAAAUAUCCAGAGCAAAUGGUCAUUCCUCUUCAGCUUGACUGACCUCAAGUCAAUUAAACAGAACAAAGAAGGCAUGGGGUGGUCUUAUUUUGUUUUCUGCUUGAAGGAUGAUGUUAUCCUUCCAGCUCUUCACUUCCAUCAAGGAGGAAGCGAACUUCUGCUUGAGUGCCUUGAAAAAUACGUGGUGCUGUGCGAGUCAGAUCAGGAUGGUCGAAUUCUUCUUGUGGAUAGCCAAAACAGAAGCCUUUCCCAAUCUUUCGAAAACCUCCAUGAAGAGCCCACUGACGGUUUACUACAGAAAUUUAAGAAGGACCCGUAUGCUGCCACAAUGAUAAACUUUUCCAAAGUUACAAACUUCCUGGUUCACUCUUUACGAGGUUCUGAUUCAGCUACACACCGCAGGCCACCUCAGGAAAUGGCUGAUUUCCUUGUUGAUGCAAUUCCCGAUUUAAAAAUAAAUCAACAAGAAGAAUCAGGGUUUGAAGUAAUAACUCGUAUUGAUGUUGGAACUCGCCCAGAAGUCCAACGAAGAGAUCCAGUUUCGACUUCUGAAUGGGAUAGCCAUAUGGAUUCAGAAGGAAGAAUUCAGAAUGUGGACCAUGUAAAGACCAUGAUAUUUAAAGGGGGGCUCUGCCAUGCCCUAAGAAAGGAGGCUUGGAAGUUUUUGUUGGGAUAUUUUCCAUGGAACAGCACAAAAGAAGAACGGGCUCUGCUGCAAAAAAGGAAAACAGACGAGUAUUUUCGAAUGAAACUCCAGUGGAAGUCGGUCAGCGAAGAGCAAGAAAAGCGCAAUUCAAGACUAAGAGACUACAGGAGUUUAAUAGAGAAAGAUGUGAACCGCACAGACCGAACAAACAAGUUUUAUGAAGGCCAAGAUAAUCCUGGAUUAAUUUUACUUCAUGACAUUUUGAUGACAUAUUGUAUGUACAAUUUUGAUCUUGGAUAUGUUCAAGGCAUGAGUGACUUACUUUCCCCUGUCCUGUAUGUGAUGGAAAAUGAAGUGGAUGCUUUCUGGUGCUUUGUAUCAUAUAUGGAUCAAAUGCAUCAAAAUUUUGAAGAACAAAUGCAAGGCAUGAAGACACAGCUGGUGCAGCUUAGCACUUUGCUGCGUUUACUGGACAGUGGAUUUUGCAGUUAUCUUGAAUCUCAGGACUCUGGUUAUUUAUAUUUUUGUUUUCGUUGGCUGCUGAUCAGGUUUAAAAGGGAAUUUAGCUUUCAUGAUAUUCUUCAAGUGUGGGAGGUGAUAUGGACAGGCUUACCCUGUCAAAACUUCCAUCUGCUCAUUUGUUGUGCUAUAUUGGAGUCGGAGAAGAAGCAAAUAAUGGAGCAGAACUAUGGCUUCAAUGAAAUUCUAAAGCAUAUCAAUGAACUUUCCAUGAAGCUGGAAAUUAAUGAUGUUCUGUGUAAAGCGGAAGCAAUCUCUUUGCAGAUGAUGAAAUGCAAGGAUUUGCCUCCAGCAGUUUGUGAAGUUCUUGGCCUUAACAACAACACUGCACCACUGUCAUAUGACACAGCCGAGGAUUGCAUUGUCAAGAAGCAUUACCAAAUGUCACCGUCUCAGAAUAGCUCUGUGCCUGUACACCCCACUAAUGGGACAAGAAGUAAUUCAAACCUGAAAGCUCUGCCAAACAGUGUUCACACACCAACUUCUGCCUGGUAA